UUUUCUAUUGCCUUGGCAAUGUACAACCACUCCAUGUUGCUAUUGGCAAUACUUAUCGAAGGAUUUUAUUCCAAAAUAAAUAGUUUUUGUACAUCUCUAAUAAAAUUCUUGAAAUAAUAGAAAGUUAUUGAAUUAAAAAAAUGUUUUCAACCAAUAUAGCAGCUAAAAUAACGGCUGAAGAGUUACAAUAUUUAGAGGAAAUGUGUCUGGAGACUUUAAAGUCUGGUGAAUUACAUACAUUAAGAAAUGAGGCAAAAUUGCGAGCUGUUAAUAACACUAAAAGUUAUGAUGAAUUUAAAGAUAUAGUGGACGCCGCUCAUUUGAAACCAAUAUCGAGACAAGAUAAAAUGAAUUCAAAAACAAAAAAUCGUUUAUGGAAUUCUGCUGCUCGAGAGAUUGAAGAUUAAAUUGUG